AUGUCGUUGUUUGAUCCUCUAGGGUUGGUGUCGCCGAUAACUGUGCGGGCUAAACAGCUAUUACAGGAGGUGUGGCGACGCGGCACCGAUUGGGACGACCCGAUCGACGACGAACUGUCCGCCGCCUGGGUGAACUGGCUCACCCAUUUGAAGCAACUCAGCGGCGUAACAGUGCCGCGCUGCUAUCCCGGCUACUCCCGAGCGAGAAAACUCCAACUCCACGUGUUCACCGACGCCAGCGAGUCAGCCUACGCGACCGCGCUCUACUGGCGCGCCGAGGACGACGACGGACGAGUCACAGUCACGUUACUGGCGGCCAAGGCAAAGGUAGCUCCACUCAAAUUAACCUCCAUACCACGGCUUGAACUACAGGCAGCUGUACUCGGCGCACGGAUGGCUGCGAGUGUGACACAGGAGCACUCCAGGCAGCCAGAAUCCACGACCUACUGGACCGACAGCAAGACAACACUGUGCUGGAUCAGGACGGGAGCCAGGUCGUACAAGCCCUACGUAGCGCAUCGAAUCGCCGCGAUAGAAGAACACACACAGGCGAAUCAAUGGAGAUGGGUGCCUACGCGCUACAACGUUGCCGACGACGCUACGCGCGACGUUCCCGACAACUUCACGCGGGAACACAGGUGGUUCAACGGACCAGAGUUCCUCCGCGACCCGCCCGAACUAUGGCCUGCGGAGGAAACACAGCUGAGCACCGACACGGGUGAGGAAAGAGUGAACACUGUUACAGAGCGUCGGGAGAAACAGUACAAGGAAGUCCUGCCCGACGUGAAUCGAUUCUCAAAUUGGAAUCGCUACGUUAGAGCUGCCGCCCGCGUACUACAAGCAGUACAACGCUUCAAACAACGCGUCAACACGGUCCAUUACAAGAGGACCAAGGCGGCCGCAAGCGAGAAUCCGGAUUGGAGGCGCAACGAAGCCGCGAAAAAUGCGGCGAAACGAGUCGUACAAGCACCGGAGGAGCGAUUUGUGACGCUCCCAGCCGAGUUGCAAGAAGAGGCCGAGCGCAUAAUCAUAAAGGCGAGUCAGGAGGCCGCCUUCGAGGGAAAAACUACGCUCACUCGAAAAGGAAAACCCGUGUCAAAAGAAAGCAGGUUGUACGCUUUGAGUAUAACAUUUAUUAACGAACUCAUUUGCCUCGACAGCAGAAUUUCAGCCGCCGCGGGAGUAAGCGCCGCAACAAAGAACCCUCCGAUCGUCGAUGGCGAACAUCGGGCGACGAAACUGUGGGUGGAACAUGUCCACACACAACUCCACCAUGCAGGCGUGGAGAGCGUCGUCAAUUACUGUCGGCAGCACAAAUGGGUCAUUCGACUGCGCCCGACGGUCAAGGCGGUGGUCAGGAGCUGCUUCAAAGUGCCGCCAGAGGGCGGCCACUCCACCGCAACCGAUAACGGGAGACUUGCCUCCCUGUCGACUGGCGCAUCAUCACCGGCCGUUUACAUACACCGGUUUGGACUAUUUCGGCCCGCUCACAGUCACCGUGGGCCGGAGUAA